AUGCAAUUGGAACAAUUAUUUCUUAAAAUUGUCUUCAAAUAUUUACCAAUUAAAGAGAUUAAGUGUGUUACAAUUAUCAAUCAUAAAUGCACACAAAUUAUAGAACAAACCCUUGAAUUGUACAAUGUUGAUGACUAUAAAUUUGUUGCAAAUCAUUUCACACAAAUUAAAAUGUUAUACAUUCCAUUUCACCAAAUAUUUAAUUUCCCCUAUGAUUUAUUUAAUGAAAAGUUACUUAUAUCAUUCACUUGCCCAACACUUUCUGGAUUUCAUUAUAAACAAUCUAAAACAAAAGAAAAAAAUUUGAUAACAAACCAUUCAUCUCAAAUUAUUCAACUUAUUAUUACAAAUCAUCAGUUAGUAUUAUCACUGACACACUUCACUAACUUAAAAAAGUUAAUAAUCUUUUCUCAACAAAUUCAAGUUAAAGACAUUUCACUAAUUUCUUCAGCAGUUCAAACUAUUCCAUCAAUAGAACUUGUAGUUAUUAAAAAUUUAGAAAAUGUAGGUGUUAUGAAAUUUCAUAACUUUGUUAAUCUUAACCCUUAUAAACCUAUGAAUAGCGUUAAAUUCUCAAAUGAAUUAAUAUUGUCUUUAAAAGAAAUGUGUAAAAAGUGCCGAGUAGUAAUAGAAAUUGAUACAAUUAACAAUGUUAAAGAAUUUUGUAAUGCGUACCAAUUAUUGCUCAAUGAAAAAAACUUUAUAUGUUUUGUUCAUAAAUAUAUUGAAUUAACUCAAGACCCAAUACCAUCAAAUAUUCUUAUAGACUUUAGUCCAUUUAAAGUUUAUGUAGAUGAGCUGUCUAAUUCAAGUCUUAACACUAUUAAAAGUUUUAUUAAAAAUGGUUCAAUUACAUCGUUAGCAUUAAAAACACUUUAUCAACUACCAAACCCAAUUAACCAAUUUAACCCAUUUUACAAUCAACCAAACGCAAUAGCAAUGUACGAUUAUCUAAUCCCUCAAGUACUUCCAAUGGUAAAUGCCCCUCAAAUUCACACUCAAAUACCACACAUAAUUGAUUUGAGCGAUUGUGAUUCACUUUCUUCAAUAAACAUUGAAUUCAGGUUCUCAAAGUUAACAAAAAUUAAUGUACCGUCUUCUCUUACCCAUAUAUCUAUAUCAUCACUUGACUAUGUUGUAUCAAACAUAUUUGAACAACCUCUUAUUUAUUUGUCAAUUCUUCAUUCAUUAUUUUAUUCAACAGUCAAACUUCCACUUACACUAGAAACUAUAGAACUAACAAAUUGUAAGUCAUUAGAACAACUUGACUUAUCUCAACACAACAAUUUAAAAUUUCUUUCUUUACAUAACAUUCCUUUACUCAGUAAAAUUAUUAUCCCCCAACGACUUCAUUCGUUUGUCCUUUCAAAUGUUUCGUCACAACUUAAAUCUAAGUUUGAGAUUGAUGGGCUGAAAGAGUCACAAAUAAAAAAAUGUAAGUUAGAAAGAAUGUCAAAUCUUUUUAAUAUAGAAAUGCCUGAAUCUUUAUUUGAAUUAUCAGUCACGUCAUGCAUUAAUUUAAAUAUUACAAAUUUAUUUGACCUUUCACUUCCUCGUAAAACAAUGUUAUUAUUGAAAGAAUAUUCAAAUUAA